ACAGAAAGCUACAGAGGGCGGAAUAAGGAGCAGUCAGCAGCAACUUGAGGAACAAGCAAGUCGGCGCUAAAAGCAGGAAAUCGGCGUGGGGACCCAGUGUGGGAAAAAGAAAAAAAAAAAAAAGUAAAAAUUUAUUAUCAGUUGUAUUCGACCCGCCCACGGCACGCUUUUGGCUGAGGAACUUGCAGAGCCUGUCUGAACCUGCCAGCAACAGCAGGUUUAGUGGAGAGAGAGAGAGAUCUGUACUGUGCAAUGGCUCUGUUGACCCUGCACAGGAUCCCAUCCAUCGCCACCGCUCCAGAUGAAAGCCUCCAAAGAAGAGGGAGACUUCAGAAAAGGGAGAGCUUUGCCCUUGUGAAGGGUGCAGUCCUCCUGUUGGAGGAUGGCAAGAUAGAGGGGCUCCAUGAGGAGACUUCUCCCCUGAAGCAAACAGUCGGAGCGUCAAGCUUACGACACAGACACCUUCAUGCCAUGUUUGAACUGCUCAGACCAGAAGAUACCAUCAAGCUGGCGGUGCAGCUGGAGUCAGUCAGCACGGUCAGAGUCAGGUAUCUGAUCGUCGUCUCCACCCUCAGCAGCAAACAGGAGAGCAUCCUGCUCGGCAUGGAUUUCCCUAACUCAGACAGUGAUCAGUGCACCAUCGGCCUGGUUCUGCCGAUAUGGAGUGACACACAGGUGUAUCUGGACGGAGAUGGCGGUUUUAGUGUGACCUCAGCGGAAGAGACCAGAAUUUUUAAGCCUGUUUCCAUGCAGACCAUGUGGUCAGUGCUGCAGGUGUUGCACGGCUGCUGCGAGCGGGCGGUCAAGUCAGUGGUGAUCCCAGGCUCCGGUCUGGAGUGGGCGCAGUACUACCAGCGGCACAUCGAAUCCGACCGCUUCUGCCUCAACGAAUGGGAGGCCAUGAACGACCUGGAGUCGGUCAGGAAGGACAUCGAUGGACAGAGCUCGGUAGAGAGAAAUUCUAAAGAGGGGCUGAUCAAGGAGCACCUGAGAGACAUCAUGAGAACUGAAGACCUGGACAACCUCACGUCUAAAAUGGUGCACUCUGCCCUGGAGACCAGAAUAGGGUUCGACAUGAGACCCUUCAAGGAGUAUAUUGACAAUGAGAUCCUGGUCACCAUGGCUCAGAUGGACAAACCCUCUAAGAUAUUUGACUACCUUUAUCUGGGCUCAGAGUGGAACGCAGCGAACUUUGAGGAGCUGCAGAAGAACAAUGUGGGCUACAUUUUGAAUGUGACGAGGGAAAUCGACAACUUCUUCCCCGAAUCCUUCAAUUACAUGAACAUCAGAGUGUACGAUGUGGAGGCCACAGACCUGCUCCCCUACUGGACUGACACAUUCAACUUUAUCAACACUGCAAGGAAGAGCGGGCAGGCCGUGUUGGUGCACUGUAAGAUGGGAGUGUCUCGCUCUGCAUCCACGGUGAUCGCUUACGCCAUGAAGCAGCAACGCUGGCCGCUGGAUGUGGCGCUGGCCUUCGUCAGGGAUCGCCGCUCCAUCAUCAAGCCCAACGAAGGCUUCAUGAAGCAGCUCCAGACUUACAACGGCAUCCUCAACGCAAGUCAGCAGCGUCACAGCGCACUCUGGAGGCGAAAGUCGAGAGACCAAAGGCAAAAGUCAGUGCGCAAAGAGGUGGGAGAGGGGGAGGGAAAGCCAGGAGAAGAGGAAGAGGAAGAAGAAGAAGAAGAAGAAGAAGACGAGGAGGAUGAGGAUGAGGGACUUGAUGAAGAUGAUGAUGAUGAUGAUGAUGAUGAUGAUGAUGAUGAUGAUGAUGAUGAGGAGGAGGAGGAGGAGGAGGAUGUUGACAGUCCAGAUAACAAAGAUGGUUCAGAGGAACACACAGAGGUAUUUGAAGAACCUGCCUCCAAGUCUGAUACCAACCAGGAACCUGAGCCCACAGCAGCGUCAGACGUCAGUCCCGUCAUCACAAUAAACGAACCAGACAAGGUCGCUUCAAGUGUUAAUCGCAGUGGCAGGAUGAACCUCUUCUCCCUCAUGCAGUCCAUCAGUGAACUAGAUGAUGAAGAUAAAGGACAGCUGCCUGGUAGUCCGAGGCGGUCUCCGGGUCAGCGGAGGCGUAGCCAUGGGCGACGGAGUCUGAUUCACCAGAGAGCGUGCGUGGAUGUUUCACCUGAACCACGCAGUCUGCCAGACGCUGCCGCUGCCGCUGCCGCUGCCGCAACCACCACCGCCGCCACUGGUGAAAGCAAACCCUAAAGCGAUCAAAGAUACUGAAGAGCUGGGAGUUAAAAGAGGGAGAGGGAACUAUAAAGGAGACAGAGAGGAGGAAGCACUUGAAGGAGCGCGACGUCUGGUGACAUGCCAAGGUUUUUAUACAAUGAUACACUCCGGAUCAGCUUAAUGUUUUUAAUGAUUUACAGAAGUUUUAAUUUAUGUUUUGCAGGUCCUUUAUCGCAUAUCUCUUCCUUAUAACUGAUGGUUCACUGUCGAUAAAAGGAUUUUGUAUUGCUGCAGUAUUGUGAUUACAGUGAAAGGCAGGAUAUCUGAAGUCAUUGCCAGUUAACGUUGUUGUAUAUUUAGGUAAUUCAGUGUUUUUAGGACAUAUCCUACCACAUACACAUGUACCGGUCUCUCCCUCCAUGUAGUGUCCCCUCUUCUCCUCUUCACCCAUUCCAGAGAUGAUAUCUAUGCAAUAACUGUUCUCUUUUACUUUCCUCCCUAAAUAUGAGGCUAUACGCAGCCAAUCCAAGGUAGGCAGUUUUAAAUGUUUUUUCAUAUCCUCUCUUAUCAGAAGUCUUUUUCAGCAAGACUUGCAUCGCUCACACACGGGAGGAUUUUACUGUAGAUGACUGUAUCUAAGCUGUGCAUUAUGGACCAAGUUCGGGCCAGUUUUAUGGCACACACCUGUUUGCCAAACAUUGUAUUCCAAUGUGCCAAUGAAUAUAUUUAAAUUGAAAGUCUUUAUCGUGUCAGUAUGUCAAGAACCCGUUUUAUUCAGUCUACUUUAACACCAGGGCCGCAUGAGUGCCUUCAACCUGAGAAUGAAAUAGAAUUCUACGACUGGUGUUUUUAAUGUUUUACUAUGAGGUGGUGCCUGCGUAUUGUAUGUAUCUUGUACUGUUUCUCACUUGUUCUGAUUGCAGUAUAGAAGUUUUUUUUUUUUUUUUUGCAUGUAUGCAUAAAUACCGUCUACGUGUAUCGACACAUAAUUGCUGAGGAACUGGGUGCAUGUUAUGUGUUUUUAUACCAACUUGUGAGAGCAAAUUGUUCAGGGGUUUUCUCAUUUAUUUAUAUCAACACUCAAUGGAUGGAGGUAAAUUAUUCAAUAUACUGUUUUCAGAAUUAUGAUGGCUAGAUGCUGAUGUGGAAUAUUCUUAUUUCAUGCUGGUAUUACUUUUUUUUUUUAUCCAGUUCACCCAAGCUAAAGCUAAUUUAAUUUAACUUGCAUGGUCACAGUUGAGGAAAACAUGCACUUUAUAAUCCCACAACACACAGUUCCCACUGCCUGAGCCAAUGUCACGCUGUACUAUGAUCAAAAUGAUCCCUUUUUUUUUUUUUUAUCUGUAGGCCUUGAUGUGUUAAACUCUCCACUGUCUGCACCUCACUCUUGUUUACAACAAGCACUAUGAGUGACA